GGCCGCUUCCGCUGGGUUCCUUGAGGCGUCUCGGCGUUUAGACUCCGCUUUCUCGAACUAUUUGGAUCGUUCGAGGCGUAAUGGCACCGGGCGAGCAAGCAUCCGGCGGUGUCCCCGGAGGGGCCGCCACGAACCCAGGCCGCUUGUAGGGAGGAGAGGUCUUUGACGGCCGUCGCCGUGGCGGGCGGCCUGCGCCGGCUUUCUCGGAAGUCCCAGCCCCUGCCGAGAGGAUGAGUUCGGGCCCCGCCACUUCUUUCAAGAAGCGGCACCUCUGGAUGUACCUGCAGGCCCUGGGCUUUGAUCCGGGCCUGGCCACUGCCGCCUCCGGAAAGAUUGUGUCGCACACGCACCUCGGAGUGAACAUGUUUGACAAGCUGAACCGUGAUGCCUUUCAAAUAGUUUCUUAUUUUUUAUUUCAAACACUGGACGAGUCUCUUACCAAACGAGUUUUCAAAUUUUGCUGGCCUCCAUUUGACCAAAAAAGUGAUGCGGAAUUUCGUAAACAUUGCUGUGAGUGGUUAAAAAAAAUUUCUGCAGAAUGUGGAGGUAACUUUCCUCAAGUGGUUGGCUCACUGUUUCUUUAUCCUGGUGGUCCUAAAUUUAUUCAUCUGAUGUAUCAUUUUGCAAGAUUUGUUGCAAUAAAAUAUAUUGAAACCCACUCUAAAAAUUCUUCUCUUUAUUGUACUGAAAACUUUAAAGUAAAGCAACAUGACAUGCACAAGUGCCUUGCCAGAUACCAUGUAGCACGUAACAGAUUUUUACAAAUUUUGCAAAGACAAGAUUACAUUAUCCAAAAGUAUCAAGAAAAUGCACAAAUGGAACCCUGUGAUGACCAAAUUAAUAUACAUGAGAAAAUUCAAAAGGUUCAGUCUUUGUGGACUUUAGUGAAUGAAACACUCAUACUUUUAGAAAAAGAAAGAGAAGUUGUUAGUUCAGUUCUUGGUCUUGUCAAUCAUUAUGCUUUAGAUGGAACUGAUGUUGUUCUUAAUAUUCCAAGGCUUUUACUUGACAAAAUUGAGAAACAAAUGGGUCAGCUGCACAUAGGAAAUGUUUAUGAGGCUGGAAAAUUGAACCUCUUAACUGUUAUUCAGUUGUUAAAUGAAGUUUUGAAAAUAAUGAAUUAUGAACGUCAUCAGGCUGAUCAAGAAAGAUUGACAAUAGACCUUCACUACCUUGAAAAAGAGACCAAAUUCCAGAGGGAAAGAUUGUCAGAUCUGAAGCAAAUGAGGUAUAAAAUAAAGGAAGACCUCACAGAUAUAAGGCAUUCUAUUACUGAAAAGCAAAGAGAAUGGCAUAAGAAAUGGGAAGAAAGCCUUGGCCUAUCUCCUUUCAGUCUAAUUAAAGGUUGCACUCCAGCUGUGAAUCUCCUACCACCCAUGUCUCCCCUUUCAUUUGAUCCUGUCUCAGAGGAAGUGUAUGAAAAGAGUAUUCUGUCUCAGUACCCUGCUUUACUUCCAGAUACACAUAAGCAACAUAAACAAGAAAAUGGUGACAUUGAAUCCCUGGGAGCUGUGUGUGAUCUAGGCCAUAAUAGCACUGCCUCUUUCCUGUUGCAACCCAUUUCAUCACCAGAUAGAAGUAGUACAAAGGAUAUAAAAAUGAAAACUCCCAAAGAGAAAAAUGAAACUCUUUGUAAGAAUGUACCAGAAUUUGAAUUGGAAGUCUCCUCCGUAUCAGACAUUGUAAAAAAUACAGAUAAUAGUCCAUCUGAACAAUCUCUGCCAGCCAAAAAUAGUGAUCCAUUCCAAAAAGAACAAGAUCAUCUGGUAGAAGAGGUUGCCAGGGUAGUUUUAUCUGAUUCACCACAGCUUUCAGAAGGAAAAGAAAUAAAAUUAGAGGAACUAAUUGACUCUCUAGUUUCUAACCCCUUCUUAACAAGGAAUCAAAUUCCCCGAACUCCAGAAAACUUGAUAACUGAAAUUAGGAGCUCAUGGAGAAAAGCUAUUGAAGUUGAAGAUAACAGAAGUGCACAACCAAUUCAGAUGGAUAAUGAACAUACAGAAGUAUUGUCAGACUCUUCACCUGCAUUGUGUAAUCAAAGGGAAUUUAGCAUGGACAUUUUUUUCUCAGAUUUUGACCAAUCUCAUUUUCCUGAAGAGGAAGUUGUUUCAGAUUGCCUCAGGAGCAUGCCUCAAAAACAUGUGACCAGUCAUAUAGGUGAACCCUCAACAGAAGAUCAGUCAGAUUUGCUAAAUAAGAAAAUAAUUUAUAAGCAAGAUUUAGAGAAUACAGCUUUACUAACCAAGGUCUUAGAAACUAGCCAAACACAGACAUUCUCCUCUGGUAUAGGCAGUAGAGAAACUAGCCAAACAGAGACACUCUCCCCUGUUGUAGGCAGUAAAACAGAUAGGAGGGAUAGGAGUAAAGGGGGACAUAUUAAAAUAUUAGAUCACUCACAAGCUUCUUAUAUUGAACCUUCUGUGCAUAAAAUUAUGCCAUGGAACUCUUUUCAGAUAUCAAGUCGAGUUAAUUCUAAAAGUCUUCAGGAUACGGACUAUAGCAUUUUAAAUGAGACUCUUCCAGAAGUUGGUCGCCUAAGUCUUAACAGCUCUAGGAGUUCUGAGAUCAAUUUUAAGUUGGAACCAGAUAGUCCUGUGUACAGUGGCAUUUUACCAGAUACUGUGGGAAAAAGACAGACUACUCCCAGUGGCAUUUUACCAGAUACUGUGGGAAAAAGACAGACUACUCCAGAAUCAGAUUUCAAUUUACAGACUAUUCGAAGUAAAUUUGAGGUUCUGAAGAAAUCUCUUUCCAAAAUAAGAGAAGACUCUCACCUCUCUAAUCCCGAAACACUUGAAAGACACAAACUAGAAUUGUUCCCUGUAUCAAAAGACAUACAAGCAGAUAAUAUGCUAAACUCUUUGGAUACUCAUCAUUUGCUAACUGACUGUACAAAGCCAUCUUUAUCUAUGUCUUUUGGUGAAAGAAAGCAGUCUCUAUCACCGAAGCUUUUUCUGGUGGAGCAAAAGUUGAGGAACACAGUACCAUUUAGUCUUGGAUAACUUCUAAUUUAAAGAAAAUACUUUGAAUAAGAGCCUUGAUGCAAAAGAAUUUGACUUGAAGCAGUAACCAGUUAAUUUUAUGAUGUACUUCCAUUGAUACACUUCCAUGUCACAGAUUUAUAACUUAAGUAUGUCCUAGAUGUUUCACACACCAUAUUCAAGGUCUAAAAAUCCUAACUACCUCUUGUUUGGAUUUUUCUGUGGAGAGAGAUGAUGUAGUUGAAUUGUCAGGUAUUUGCAAAGGAACGUCAAGUUAUGGGAAGCCAUUUUGAUUUUUUAGAUAAUCUGUAAGCCUUAAAUUAGUGACAAAAGUGGUAGCUUAUUAGGAUCCAGUUAGUGAACAUAAGGAUAAGAGUUUUUGAUGUAUUUUCACUAAGUGGUUAACC